AUGGCCUCAAUAGAUAUCCCCAGGCAACAGAAGGCCGCUGUCAAGGUCGGCAGCGGCACCGAUUCCCGGGCUCCGGUCAAGGAAAUCGAAGUGCCCCAACCAGGCCCUGGGCAGGUCCUUGUCAAGAUCAACUGGCAAGUAUGGGCGGCCUCCGGCAUUGCCAUGCAGCCCAGCACCGAGGGAAUUGCCGGUCAUGAGGGCGCUGGGGUGGUUGUGGCCGUGGGUGAGGGCGCCGAGAACAAAUGGAAGGUCGGUGACCGUGCCGGUAUCAAAUGGGUUUGGAGCACCUGUGGCGAAUGUGAAUUCUGCACGAAUGGCACCGACGAGCUCCACUGUCCCAACCAGAAGAACUCCGGCUUUAGUGUGCCGGGCACUUUCCAGCAAUAUGCUCUGAGCGAUGCCAAAUACACCACGCGGAUCCCAGACGGCGUCUCGGAUGAAGAAGCAGGGCCGAUAAUGUGUGGGGGCGUGACCGCCUAUACGGCUUGUAAGCGAAGCAGUGUCCGUCCCGGUCAAUGGCUCGUCGUUGGCGGUGCUGGUGGCGGCCUCGGCCAUCUUGCCGUGCAGUAUGCGAAAGCCAUGGGCUUGAGGGUCAUUGCAAUUGACGGAGGUGACGAGAAGAAAGACUUGUGCAAGAAACUUGGUGCCGAGGAGUUCAUCGACUUCACCAAGGUCCAGGACACGGCGGCAGAGGUACACCGAAUCACCAAAUACGGGGCCCAUGGUGUAAUCGUCAUCGCGGCCAGCAAAGAAGCCUACGAGUCUGCUCCUACCUUACUCCGACCCGGUGGCACGGUCGUGGCUGUUGGUCUUCCUAAGGACCCGACCGUGCGGGCAGGCGCGCCUCCGAUCAUGUUGGCCUUGAGAAGGUUGAACGUGGUGGGAAGUGUGGUAGGUACAUUAAAAGAUGUAGAGGAAGCCCUUGACUUUACUGCUCGAGGGUUAGUGCACCCAAUCCUGACCAAGGGCACGUUGGAAGACGUGGACAAGUACAUGGAACAGAUGAUUGCUGGCAAGCUUGCCGGCCGGGCGGUGCUGAAGGUUUCAUAA